AUGCCUUCAUCCGAGACCGUGCCGGCGGAUGCCUUCAAUGCCGACUCGGUCAACUCGCUGCCCAUCGCCUUCAGUGCCGUGUUCCUCCCUUUUGUGUUGCUGUUUGUCGCAUUGCGCUUUUACUGUCGCCACACGAGCAGGGCGAAUUGGGGCUUUGACGAUGUCCUGAUUGCCUUUGCGGCCGUGGGCCAGAUUGCCCUGGCCGCCAUUUGUAUAGACCUGGGAGUCAACGGAGGAUCGGGCUACCACAUGGACUAUCUGCUCUUCAACCACCCGGAAAAAGUGCAGCGCUUCCUGGUCGACGUCUUUGCGCUGCAAAUCAUCUACUACACCUUCCUCAACGUGCCCAAGCUGGCCGUGCUCGUGCUGUACCACCGCAUCUUCUCCGUGCGCCGUGGGAUCAUCUGGGUGACGCGCAUCCUGAUGGCCGUGCUGGUGCUGUACACUAUCGUUUCCGUAUUCCUUUCGAUCUUCGCCUGCGGCCGCCACGUCGACGCCUUUUAUAGCGAGGAUCCAAAAGCCGCGAAGCAGUGCAUCGACAUGGACGCCAUGCAGAUCUACACCUCGGUUCCCAACAUUGUGACCGACGUGCUCAUCCUGCUGGUGCCCAUGCCGGUCGCCUUUGGACUGCGGGUGCGCAUGAGUGUGAGGCUGGGCAUUGCCAUGACCUUUUUGAUGGGUAGUCUCGGCCUCGUCUUCUCCGCCCUUCGCUUCUGGGUCACCUACAGUAUCAACAACUCGGACGACCAGACCUACGUCUCGGCCGAGCUCCUGGUCUGGUCCGAACUUGAAGUAGGCUGCUACCUCAUCUCCGCGUGCCUCCUAAUCCUGCGCCCGCUCAUCGAGCGCAUUGCCGACUCCUCGCUCAUCCAAAGUCUCCGCUCCAACACGUACGGAAACCGCGGCACCAGCUCGCCGGGUCGUGGCACGGGCAGCAAGACCUCCGCCGCGACUGGCGAAGGCUCACACCCUAGCAGCGUGGCCGGAACAGAACUGCUUCUAGACAGAAACAAUAGCGGUGGAGAUAUUGAAAUGGUAAACGGUCUGCAUUUCACGACGUCGAAAUAA